UGUUCAGAGGCCGAGUAGCUCCAAUAUUUGCACAAGUAGCGUGCUUAAAUUUUUGGUGCACAGAAUACAUACGUGCCUGUAUAAGCAAGAGAGCGCGUGCUGCAUGGUGCACUGUGACUUGUCAGCACCGAACCGAGGUCACUGGCAUUCUGGCAAAUAGUGGCAAAUUUUUUCUAAACGUGUUCGCUAGGUAUUUUUUAAAAGAGCGGUAGUCUCGGCAAUGGAACUACAGCUGUUAUAACUUGUGGUUGCGUGACGUUUUAACCAGUCGGUGUUUCAUCAUUCAACGAUUAUGUUUCUGACAAUACCUAGGACGUUAAAUAUCACUUGUGGUAUGAAAUGCAAGCAAAAUGCACUGUUUAACCUGCAGCUUUUAGUUGUAGGAGGUUUCAGGUGUUACAGUAAGUUAGGGUCACCGGCAUCAGAAGCCCCAAUGUCUUUUCAUCGGAGUUCAGCCAGGAGAACGGAAUCAGGUUGUGGACCACCCAAAAGUGUUUUGAGAAGUCUGACAAGCGGUCAUAGUUUACAGAAACAAAACGUUCAAGGAAUUCAUGAAAAUAUAUCUGCACUCCAAAUGAAAAAACGUCCCAUUAGGAAGAAAAGACCUCUGACUGGGAGUGAAGAAACACCCGGUGUAAAUCAGUAUUUUUUGUAAAGAAAAAGAAGGCGCUAGUGCUUGUUUUGAUUUUUGAUGUAAUGUAAUCACAGGGGCCUAAAUAAUCUUGAAAAUUUUCAGUUUUGGUCAGCAAUAGCGUAUGCUACAGCUGAGGAGUAUGAUUUGGAAAAAGUGAUUUCAAGUAUUGUUGAACAAGAACUUUACGAGAUAAUGCCAGUUGAUCCUAAUACAGAUUCUGAAAUGAAUGGCCAUGAAUCAGAUGUUCUACGUGCAGCAGCACGUUAUUCUGUUGGAAGUGAACCAAGAGAAAUGUUUAUUUUUCGAGAAGGAACUGUUAUAUUUUGGAAUAUGGAUGAACUUGAAUGUAGCAACUUAUUGACUUUUUUACGGUCCUUUGAGCAAAACUGUUAUGAUGAACGGCUUGUAGUCUCUGAAAGUGACAUCAUGCCUUAUUCAUAUGUCAAAGAAAGGAAGAGUUGUAUUUCAAAUGGUGUGAUGCUUCUGAAUGAUGGUGAUUCAGUUGCAUUAGAUAAAUACACCUUUUCCAAUGCCAUGGCUUUAUCUGUGAAAUUAGGCAUUUGGGAAGCUUCUCUUGAUCGCUAUGUUGACAGCAUUGAAUUUGUUACAGAGGAUUUGAAGAAGGGCUCCCAGAUAAAAAUGAGCCGUGAAGAGGUGUUAAGAAAAACUGGUGAAUUGUUUGCAUUGCGGCAUUUAAUAAAUUUAAGUUCAGAUUUGCUUGACACACCAGAUUUCUAUUGGGAUCGUGAAGACCAGGAAGUUCUUUACCAUCAAACUUGUUCUUAUUUUAGCAUUCAAAAGCGAACCAAGGUGAUGAAUGAAAAACUGAAUCAUUGUUUGGAGUUGGUUGAUCUUCUCUCAUCUCAUUUGAAUGAUAAACACCAUGUCAGACUAGAAUGGAUGAUCAUUAUUCUUAUCAUGGUGGAAGUAGGAUUUGAAAUUAUACAUUAUAUAGAUAGAUUCUCAUAAAUUUUGUCCCCAGAUUGUCUAGUUUUAAAAUACAAGAUUUUAAUGUUAUAUUAUAGUAGUUGACUUAUUUUGUAUUUUUGUAUGAGUUUUUCUCACAUUUUUGUGUGAUUAAACAGUAUGUUGUAUGUA